GAUUUCUUCGCUCAAACCCUAAUAUCUCUUCAACCUAGUGAAAUUGGAGUCAAGUAUAACAUUUUCUUUUUCCCCCUAAUUCUAGCUAAUUUUUCAAUUUAAUUCAGCGGAAGAUUCCGGCUAUUCUAUACAUGAUAUUUGGGGGGAAUCGCUGCCGGAGGCUCAACAGAGCUGAGCGCUGCCGACGGUGUGAUUCAUGGCGUCCGCUGUUUUAGCGAGCCAGAAUGAGUCGAACUGGGCCCACAUGGGAAAGACGCAGUACGCGAAUCCCAACCUGAAUCCAAACCCUAAAAAGAAGCAGAAGCAAUUCCACCCGUUUCCAGCGAACGGUGCCACCGGUCGCUACCGUAGCAUCAGCAACAACAACAUCGAUUCGCCGGCCGUCACGCAGACAGCGUCAGAUGAUGCAUAUUCUUUCAACCAGGCGCCUGCGGCUGGUAACGCGGGGAAUUACGGUGGCUAUUUGACCUACAAUGUUGCGACGUACACUAAAUCAGAGCUUCUGGAGCUCCGGAAACGCCUCUCUGCUGAACUCGAUCAAAUCCGUGAUUUGCGUGAUCGAAUUGAUUUAGGUCGGUUCAACAUUGGGGAAACCCCAAGAUUUCAGCCGAAAUCAAAGAAAUAUAGUGGCAGUAAACGUCCUGGCCCUGCUAUUAGAUCCGCUCCCAAGAGAUUGGGCGAUGGAUAUGAAAAUGGCAGCUUGGAGACUGUUAAUUUUGGGGUUUUGUUGAAAGAAUGCGAAAAGAUUGUGACUAAAUUGAUCAAAGGCAAAUUCGGCUAUGUUUUCAAAGAUCCGGUGGAUGCAGUGGCUUUUAAGCUUGUCGAUUAUCAUCUGAUUGUGAAGCAUCCAAUGGAUCUCGGCACCGUUAAAGCGAAUCUGGCGAAGAAUUUGUAUCGGUCGCCUGCAGAAUUCGCAGCUGACGUCAGGCUGACUUUUAACAAUGCGUUGCUCUACAACCCUAAAACGGAUCCUGUUCAUGGCAUGACAGAGGAAAUUCUGGCACGGUUCGAGGAGAUGUUCAGGCCUGUACAGGAGAAGUUCAACAGCGUGCUAGAGAAGCUGCCCAAGAAUGAGCCCCACGAGUUCAAAAUCAACAAUGAUUUGUCGUUCAGGGAGGUUGAGGAAUUGCAGGGCAGCUCUUGGAACAGUAAUGGUUGUCAGGCUCUUGCUGCAAAGAAGUCGAAGAGGAAAGGUGGACAUGUUCCUGUUUCCCAUGUUAUGAAGAAGUCUGAUAGAAUGCAAGACCAUUCUACUGCUUCAACACCGCCGAUGAAUCUACAACCAUUAGCACCAGAGCCAGAGCCGUUACCUCCCUCUCCAGUGAGAGCUCCUCCUCUACCUGCGGCUAAGGAGCAGAAACCUGGACGUGUAGUGACACCGAAACAGCCGAAGCCAAGGGCUAAGGAUGUUAAUAAGAGAGAGAUGAGUAUGGACGAGAAGCAGAAACUUGGAUUUGGGUUGCAGAAUUUACCCCAAGAGAAGAUGCCUCAACUUGUACAGAUAAUCAGGAAGAGGGAUGAGCAUUUGGCACAGGAUGGCGAUGAAAUUGAGCUUGAUAUUGAGGCUCUUGAUACGGAGACGCAGUGGGAACUUGAUAGGUUUGUGACCAAUUGGAAGAAGAUGGUGAGCAAGACAAAGCGGCAAGCGUUGAUGAUGAACAACAAUCCAGCUGCUGGAGUUUCUAUUCCCUCCAGUCCUGUUACAGAUGCUGAUCUGGGCGCAUUGAGUGAGAAGAAUGACGAGUGUGGCAAGAAGAUGAAAGAGAAUGAUGAAGAAGAUGUAGAUAUUGAUGAUGAUAUGCCAGCAGCGAGCUUCCCUCCUGUCGAGAUUGAGAUUGAGAAAGAUGGUGUUGUUGGGCGGGAGAAUGAUGGUGUUGUUGGACAGGAGAAUGAUGGUGGAGGCAAUGCCAGCAGUAGCUCGAGCAGUGGCAGCUCAAGUAGUGAUUCAUCAUCCUCGAGUGAUUCUGAUUCAGGGAGUUCCUCUGGUAGUGAGUCCGACGCAGAUGAUGCACAGUCAUGACUUGAUAACUGUUUUGAGCAAAUCUGAAAUGAAUUCAGUGCUACUCUGGUCGGGCAUUUGGGUACUCUCACAAAUUAGCAUAUUUGUUCAUGAGGUUUGUGUUUCUUGCAACGGCGUACUUGUUACUUUGGUAAUUGGUAAUUGGUAAUUGGUAAUUGGUAAUGUACAAGAGCUGAAGGAUAUUUUAUUUGACUUGGCAGAAUGGCAAAUAAGGUUGUUGUUAUAGAUGCCAAUGAUGAAGGAAUGGGAUUAAUGUGUUGGAUUACUCUUCCAUGGGGAAGUGUCAGCUUAAGCUUAGGAAGAAUAGUGGAGUAAUUGUUAAAAGGUUUUAGUUAGUUUGGUUACGUUAAUUUGUCACAGUUUUUGUCCUCCCAGAAAUGCUGGGUAUUUCUACCAAGUAAAAAAAAGCUAUUUGUACA